UUCCCGAAUCCCAGAAUCCCCAGCUCUAGUGACUAUAGGUGCCACCUACAUAGGUUUACUACAGUUCAGAGCUCAAAGGGUUAACGUGCUCCUCCCUCGGAGUGAGAAGAUACAUUACACACACACCACGCGUGUGUAUUCUCCAGGCUAGUACACAGUGUGUAUCCCUCAGCAGCAGAGGCGGUAGUAGCUAGUGCAGAUUUGACGCGCACUCAUCAGUGAGGCACAGGAAGGGAUGGUUACUGUACUUCAUUCAGAAAGAAGCUCAUGGCCACAAUCAGAGGAGGAUGCAUUUCACAUAAAUGAUGCCAUUACUGCUCCAGCUGCCAGCGAAUAUGAUAUGAUGGCGAUGUCCUCUGGGGGACACACUGUGGUCCAUUAGUCUCGGGAGUGCUCCAGAUGUCCAAAAGGACCGCUCUUCGAAAGCGCGUGAUCAAGAUCACUCAAGAAGGAUCUUAUACUCGUUUCUGACCGUAAAAACCGGUCACUUUGACCCUGCUCGUCGAAACCGAAACGUUUUAAUCAUUCUAAAACGAUAUUCCGGUUUAUUUUUAACAGUUUUCUGGUGCACUUUCCGUCAGCAGGGUGUUUGUUUAUGUGUCUCGCGCAUCGCUUUGCAACGCCCAUGAUCUUCUCUAACGUUACCUGAGGGGGGAAGAGCAAAGGGGAGAAACUUUUGACCGUCAGCUGUAGGCGUCUGUCACCACGUGGACUCGUAUCUGAUCGGUGAAGGGUUAUUUCAGACUGACAAGACGAGAUGAGCGACGCUAUGGAUGACUCCGGUAUCAUCCGCCGGCGGAGGAUGCAGAAGGAUCUUCCCUUGCCCAGGAAGAGCAGUGGCUGUCGCACCAGUAACCGAAAGAGCCUGAUCUUGACCAGUACGUCUCCCACUCUUCCCCGGCCUCACUCUCCUCUGCCGGGACACAUCGGAAGCAGUCCACUGGACAGUCCUAGGACCUUCUCCCCCAGCGCACCGGCCCAUUUCUCUUUCGCAUCGUCCAGAAGGGCUGAUGGCAGACGCUGGUCUCUGGCCUCUCUUCCCUCCUCUGGAUAUGGGACCAACACACCCAGCUCAACGUCUUCCAGCUCGUCUCAGGAGCGGCUGCAUCAGUUGCCGUUCCAGCCCACACUGGACGAGCUGCACUUCCUGUCCAAACACUUCGGCAGCACCGAGAGCAUCACUGAUGACGACGGCCGGAGAUCACCGCAUGUGCGGCCGCGCUCACGGAGUCUGAGUCCAGGGCGAUCACCUUCCUGUUAUGAUAAUGAGAUUGUUAUUAUGAACCAUGUUUACAAGGAGCGGUUCCCUAAGGCCACGGCUCAGAUGGAGGAGCGCUUGGCUGAGUUCAUCGAGUCGUUUUCGCCUGAGAACGUGCUUCCGCUGGCCGACGGGGUCCUCAGCUUCAUCCACCACCAGAUCGCCGAGCUGUCCCGAAACUGCCUGACCAAAUCUCGUGAAGGUGUCAUCACCACCGUCUACUUCUACGAGCUGCAGGAAAACCUGGAGAAGCUGCUGCAUGAAGCUUAUGAGCGAUCAGAGAGCUCGGAGCUGACCUUCAUCACAGAGCUGGUGAAGAAACUCUUCAUCAUCAUCUCCCGCCCUGCUCGACUGCUUGAAUGUCUGGAGUUUAACCCUGAAGAGUUCUACCACCUGCUGGAGGCAGCAGAAGACCACGCUAAAGAGGGCCAGCUAAUGAAAGCAGACAUCCCGCGAUACAUCAUCAGCCAGCUCGGCCUGACCAGAGACCCUCUGGAAGAAAUGGUGAAUUUGGAGAGUUAUGACAGCGAGGGACCCCACACGCCGGAGACGGACGACUCGGCUGAAGGGAAGCUCAAAGCCAUCAAAGCGCCCUGUGAAUCAGACUUCCAGACUAUCAAACUCAUCAGCAAUGGAGCGUAUGGAGCUGUGUAUUUAGUCAGACACAGAGAGACGCGGCAGCGCUUUGCUAUGAAGAAGAUCAACAAACAAAACCUGAUCCUGCGGAACCAGAUCCAGCAGGCGUUCGUGGAGCGGGACAUCCUGACCUUCGCCGAGAACCCAUUCGUGGUCAGCAUGUUCUGCUCUUUUGAGACGCGCCGUCACCUGUGUAUGGUCAUGGAGUAUGUGGAGGGUGGUGACUGUGCAACCCUGCUGAAAAAUAUCGGAGCCCUUCCUGUGGAAAUGGCCCGGAUGUACUUUGCUGAAACAGUUUUAGCGCUGGAGUACAUUCAUAAUUAUGGCAUCGUACACCGAGAUCUGAAACCAGACAAUCUGCUGAUCACGUCGAUGGGCCACAUUAAGCUGACGGAUUUUGGCUUGUCAAAGAUGGGCCUCAUGAAUCUCACCACUAACCUUUACGAAGGACACAUCGAGAAGGACGCCAGGGAGUUCCUGGACAAACAGGUGUGUGGCACACCGGAGUAUAUCGCCCCGGAGGUCAUUCUCAGGCAGGGCUAUGGGAAACCAGUGGACUGGUGGGCCAUGGGCAUCAUCCUCUACGAAUUCCUAGUGGGCUGCGUGCCGUUCUUCGGAGACACGCCUGAAGAGCUGUUUGGUCAGGUGAUCACAGAUGAUAUUGAGUGGCCUGUGGGAGACGAGGCACUGCCUAGUGAAGCUCGGAGCCUGAUUUCCGCUUUGUUGCAAACCAACCCACUAGUGCGACUGGGCACAGGUGGAGCGUUUGAAGUGAAGCAACACUCGUUUUUCUCGGGAUUGGACUGGAAUGGUUUACUCCGACAGAAGGCCGAGUUUAUCCCUCAUCUUGAGUCUGAGGAGGACACCAGCUAUUUCGACACGCGGUCAGAGCGUUAUCAGCACAUCAACUCCUAUGACGAGGACGACACCAACGACGAUGAGCCAGUAGAGAUAAGACAGUUCUCCUCCUGCUCGCCGCGCUUCAGCAAGGUGUAUAGCAGCAUGGAGCACCUGUCCCAGCUGGAGCAGAAGACCCCUGUAGUCACCCGUCGAGAGCACAAAGGUCGCCGCGAUGACAAGAUGGCCAAGCGGGAGAGUCUGGGAAGCUUCACUAUGAGGGACAAGAGCUGGAGGACGGGCUCCCCUGAGAUGAAGCGUUUAUCAUGCUCUGAGUCUCUGUAUAUGGAGGGAGACUGCAGUCCUCCGAUGGGCGCCCGGCGCCGUUUUUCAGCCCUGAUGGACACGCACAGGUUUGCCGCUCCUCAAGAGGGCGAUGGAGAGCUUUCCGAAAAACAGGGUGCCGUUAAAGCCCCGGGAUCAUCAUUAGAGGGAGCCAUUGCUCCACCAUCACCCAGUGCUAAUGAACAGAGGAACGGUGCGAAGGAAGUGAUGUCAGCUAGUAAAGGCCCAGAUAAGCCAUUGAGACCAGGAGAGAUAUCAGCACCACAGGCCAUACCAUCUACAGGAGCCAUAGCAGUGGUCAGUCGGGACGUGGUAGUGGGUGACACUGUCGGACAGCGAGCGACCAAGGAUCUGGUGCUUCGGCAAGCACGUCAUCAGCAGCUGUCAAGCGAUGGGGAGAAACGCAGCUCACGUCCCAGCAACAAGGUCAUCAAAUCUGCGUCUGCCACCGCGUUGUCUGUCAUCAUACCUGGAGUCGAGCAGCACAGUAGCUCUCCACUGGCCAGUCCAAUGUCCCCACGCUCUCUCUCGUCCAACCCCUCAUCGCGAGACUCCUCUCCCAGCCGUGAUUACUGCCCCACAGUAACAGUUCUUCGUUCGCCAAUUACCAUCCACCGCUCUGGCAAAAAAUAUGGGUUCACUCUCCGUGCCAUUCGGGUCUACAUGGGAGACACUGACGUGUACAGUGUGCACCACAUAGUCUGGCAUGUGGAGGAUGGGGGCCCUGCUCAGGAGGCGGGACUAUGUGCUGGUGACCUCAUCACUCAUGUCAAUGGUGAAUCUGUGCAUGGUUUGGUCCAUACCGAGGUGGUAGAGCUUAUACUUAAGAGUGGAAACAAAGUGACUGUGACCACAACGCCUUUUGAGAACACGUCCAUUAAAGUGGGACCAGCACGCAAGUCCAGUUACAAGUCCAAGAUGGCUAGAUGCAGUAAGAGGACGGUCAAAGAGGGACAGGAAAGUAAGAGGCGUGGGUCUUUGUUCCGCAAAAUAACUAAGCAAUCCAACCUGCUGCACACAAGCCGUAGCCUGUCAUCUCUGAACCGGUCCUUGUCAUCCAGCGAUAGUCUUCCUGGCUCUCCGACUCACAGCCUGUCUGGUCACUCCCCUACCCAGAGCUACCGCUCAACCCCUGAGUCAUCCCACCUUGGUGCCUCCUCCCAGAGCAGUUCUCCUGCCUCCAGUACCCCAAAUUCACCCGCAACAACCCAACAUAUGAGACCCAGCUCCCUGCACGGACUUUCCCCCAAAUUACACCGCCAAUACCGUUCAGCCCGCUGCAAGUCAGCGGGCAACAUUCCUUUGUCUCCAUUGGCUCAUACACCAUCCCCAACUCAGUCCUCACCACCUCCUUUGCCUGGGCACACAGUCGGGAGCUCCAACACCACCCAAACCUUUCCUGCAAAACUACACUCGUCCCCACCAAUCAUAAGGCCUCGACCCAAGAGUGCUGAGCCACCCAGAUCACCACUACUCAAAAGAGUACAGUCAGCAGAGAAACUCGGGUCACCGCUUUCAUCGUCAUCUGAGAAGAAAGGUGGGAUCGGGGUGAUGAGGAAGCACAGUCUGGAGAUCGGACAUUCAGAUUAUCGUAAGGAUGGUUUCCACUGUGAGCUUGGCCUCCAGAGCUUGGUGGAAAUUGAGGGUGAAAACCUGGCAAAUGCCCCAACAACUUCUCCUUCACCCACUCAUCCGACCCCAUCACCGCCUGAAACAGGCGUUCUGAAGCCAGUAAGGAAGCUAGGCAGGCAGGAGUCACCUUUGAGUAGAGAUGCUUUGCUUGCGGGAAGAGAAAGGGAUCGAGACAAGGAGAGGAUUGGUGAACCAAGUCAUCCUAGUGAGCCUAAACAAGGGGCAGUCAAAGAAAUGCUCCCUGGAAGUAAGAAAUCUCCAAGUGUUGAAGCAUCUUCACGGCUUCCUUCCACUCUACAGGAAAGUUGCCUAGCCAAGCCUCAGACUUGGCAGCCUCCAUUGACCAAGUCUUCUCCAGUAGCAUCAGAGUCCAAGCCUAGUGUAGUCACCUCCAUUCCGUCGCCCCUGACCACAGCGUCUUCCCCAUCUGCCAAAACAACUGAGUCAAGUUUCAUCAAGGAAGCGGGAAAGGAUGACCAAGUAAGUCUUACAAAAGUUGCCCAAGGCCAGGCAAUAGGAACCACUAAGCCUUCAUGCCCUGCAAGCGUAUCAGGUGUUAUCAGCAAAGACUUGUUGGAGAAGGAAGGGGGAAAGGAUACUGGGAAGAAAGAGGUAAAACCAGAUUUUGUGAAGACUUCAGCUUCAGUCAAGCCAAGUAUGCCAUUCAGUGCUCCUGGGAAGACAACAAGCACAGAAUUAACCAAAGCAAGUAAGGGACCAGGUGAUGGAGAAGGUCUCAAAAAGAGCAUCUUAGAUUCCCACACCAGAACUUUAGAUGUCAGGGCGAGGACUGCUCCAUCCAAAGGGGUUGUCCCAUCUCACCCACCCCAGGCGCAGUGCUCUGCUUUGGGAAAACUUAGGCAGGACAAGGGCUUAGCUCCGGUCAGCUGCUACUGGGGAACACUGGAUUGGGAGGACAAAUGUCUCUUGGAGGUUGUUGAGGAACACUCUCCAUCCCCAACUCCUUCUCCAACUGGAGUGCCUCCUGAUCUGUCCAAAACUCAACUUCAGUCUCCUGGUGAGAAAUCUGGUUCGGCUACACAGUUUACAAGCAAAGGGAAAUCUAUAGGGCCUGUUAAAGGUGGAACUCAGGAGGGGCCCAUGGCCAAAGAUACCCCCAAAUCAUCGGAGGUCACCCAGGCAUGUGCUCCAGGAAGAUCUGAUGCUGCUUCUGCGAGUAGACCAACUUCCAAAGCAGUCAGUCAGAGUCCUACUAGCACCUCCCCGCAGGUGAAGACUGUCAUCACACCUAAAAAUGGCUCUUGAUCAUGGGCUAGUGGAAAAAAUAAUUGCCUUUAUUGAGGGUUUAGCGGAAUUCAAUGUUUUUAAGCACUUAGAAAUUUAGGGACAUUCCAGCCAGUGAAAAAAAAAAUCAUAUUAUGCUGAACAAAGGACAACAACUCCAAGGCUAUUUUAAAGGCUGUUAUUUAUUGUACAUUCAGAGCUGCACCAGAAAAAGAGUAUAGAUGUAUUAUAUUAGAAUGUGUGUUGGGUGUUUGUGUGUGCGAGGAGGUAAAUGGGUGCAUGUUUCGUGGUGCUUGUGCAACAAGGUGAAAAAUCGACAAGUGCAAAGUGCUUUAACAGAUCAAACAAUGCUGAAUUCUGUGAACAUCAAAACAAUGUUCCUACUUUUUCUAAGGUGACCAACCACAUAAUUUCCUUAAACAUAAAAACUGAAAAGAAUUUGCUCAAGGUAACAGCUUAUCAAGUUUUUGGCAUAGACAGAACAUUAUCAAGGACACAUUGCUUCCAUUACUGUAUUAUUAUUAUUUUUUGGCUUGAUAUAUGAUUCAGAAGUUUCUAAUCAGGUUUACCAUAUCCAUUAAUAAUUAGUACGUACUGCCUUAGCCAUGAGGAGAAUUUCAGCACAAAUAGCCAUGUGGGCAGUGCGCUGACAUGUAUAGCCAUUGCGCUUUGGGUAUCCUGAGUUUGUAUCCCAGCUUGCAGGACACACACACACACACACACACACACACACACACACACACACACACACACACACACACACACACUUCCUGUUCUCUUAUUGUCCUAUUGAAAUAAAACUCAUAAAAAUGCCAAAAUUAAAGCUAUGAGGGAGGAUGCUGGCUAAACCAUUGAUUCAUUAAAAUUCCCUCUUAACAAAAUCUAUCAUCAUAUUGAAUUAAGACUGUUGAAACAUAUUUUGUUGAUCGCUGCCUUGUGAGGUAAAUAUCACAGACCCUUUAUGGCAAGCUGGUGCAUUCAGUGUCCACUUUUAAAUGGGGAAAGUCUCAAACUUGGUAAAUCAAUUCAAUACAUUUUGCUAUUAAUUCUCAAAUCAAACUAACUAAACUAAAAAGACAAUGUUCUUCCUCAAAGACAACCACUGAUCUAUAGAAGAAGACAGUUCCUUAGUAUGCAUUGGCAAGCAGGUGCCUCUAUGUUUGCAUGCUUGCCAAGAGUAGGUUUCUAGCCUUACGGUGUCUCUGUAAAUAAGUUUACAGGCAGAUUUGAUUCAUACUCACAAGUAGGUCAGUGUUUAAUCACAGCUCUUGACACGGACUGGUGUAUCUUUACUCUCUUCUGUGCUACGGAAUUCUCUUUAAAAGUGAUUGUUGACCCAACUGUGACUCUAGCACUCAAGUCUUAUAUUCGCUACCUGAAUAAUAGUUCUUCAACCAUGGGCGUUUGCAAUAGCAAGGGGUCAAGGUUUGACUGGUUAGCAUGCCCCGAUUAGCCCCUGCUGGUGGAUGUCAUAACUACACCAUCUGGCUGCAAAGAGAGCAUUGACCGAUCUUUAAAAGUAGCUGUGUAUUGAAAUGAAUGCCAAUGCAUUUUGAAAAUCAGUAACAUGAGAGAAGUGGUUAAGGUUGAGAACAUCUUUGCAAUGGAGUAGUGACUAUUACUAAAAACUAAAAACCUUAUGGAUUUAAGUGCUAAAUGCAUAUCAACAGAUUCAGAUGGCAUCCUUCAUGAGCAUCGCCGUAACACAGGUCUUGAUUACAGAGAUUGUUGGAUCAGCACAUUUAUGAUGAUUGUUGGAAUCUGCCGAGUGAAGGAGGAUUGUAUGGUAAAUAUAUUCUAUAGUUACUCAAGCAUCAGUAAAUGUCACUGUUGUCAUGGCAACUCGGAGCUGGUGUAGCUUGCCGUCUGUUGGCGUUUCUUUUUUUGUGGUCUGAUUGUCGUUCACUAACAUGCAAUGAAAAUAUCACUAACAUUUGUGCUGAAGUAACUUUUCACUAAAGCAUAUGCAAAACAAAUGUUUGUAGGGAUGCUUUUUUUGCAACGUUUGUUCUUUUGCCAUUUCUAAUGACAGAUGACUAGGAAGCGGUUGUGAAGACGAACAGUGGUUUACGACAGUAACCAUAGUUUAUAUAUGGUAUCAGUAGUAAAACUUAUUAAAGAAAUGGUAUAAAACAGUAAUAAACGAAAUAGUAUCAAUCGUAUUUGUCUCAGUAUUAUCAAUUUCAUAAUUAAGAAAAUAAAAAAAACAGACUGCAAAUGUUUGUGCUUUCAAAAGACUCACAAAACUAUAGACAUUUUCAGUCAUUUGUCAGAUUUUUAUACUUUAUUUGUGAACAUUUUUUGUUUCAUUUAAAUUCAUUGAUUUGUUAAUGCUGUGCAUAAUGCAUAAAUAUGCAUAUGAGCAUAUUGCUAAAUAUAAUACAAAUAUACAUCAUGACUGAUUUGAGGCGUGGCAGGAAUAGAUGGAGUUAUGCUGCCAUCUGAAGGCUAACAGGAACACGCUGUCACUAUUUUACACCCUACAUUAACAUGGUAAUAGUAGAAGGAGUUGCAAUCAGUGACAGACCAAGAGUGCUUUAUUUAUUUGUAUUUCAUAGUACCAUACAGAGGUAUGAUUUACUGUAGCAUGGUGAUGCCUUUGGAUAGACAUUUAGUUAUCUAUUAAUCAUAAAUGUAUUCUGACGCUGUUUAUCUCUCAAGCGGCAUCUGAAAUAUCUUUUGCUGUUUCAUAUCUGGUUCCAGUAUUAGUGAGAUUUCUUUAUAUCUAUCAAAAACAUUUAUUUAUUGUAGUAUACAGAAACUCAAUACAGAGUAUAUCAGAGAGAUAUUUGGAUGUAUCUGUGAAAUGGGGAAGUGAAGACAACAUAUGCACAAAAUAAUGUAAAGAUAUGGGGUGAAUGUGUUAAUGUAUCUGAUGUUAUGUUUGUAACACACCAUUUUCUUUUUUUGCCAUUCUCGUCAUAUUCGGCCCUUUCCCGUGCAUGAACUCUCAGUUGUGGUUAAAGGCUACUAACACUUCACUGGCCUGAAUGUUUCCACUUUAUAUCAUCUGACUGUUAUAGCUGAUCGAAUACGAGACUAAUGUUUUAUAAUGUUCACUUAUUCUGUACUGUAAAGCCCUGUGUCUUAUUCGAUUCUGAAUUGUUUGAUUUACACUGCAGUGUGAACUGAAAAACAGGAAUCCACACAUAUUAAAAGUAUGCUGUCCACUCGUAUGUAUCAGAAUAUAAUCUUAUGUAUUUGUGUUUAUGAGGCCAUAUUUACAAUUUUUUUUUAAAAAGUAAUUUCCUAUAAAAUGUGAUUUUUUUUUUUUUUUUUUUGAGAAUGCACUUUAUUUCAUGUAAUUUUUUUAUAUGUUCUUUGUUGUUUUAUCAAACUGUCCAAGAUUCUGUAUAAUACUGUACAUAGAGGUAAAUAAAGACAUAAAGAUAUUCCGUUCUAAUGUGAAUGUCCUACAUAGGAGAAAUGAAGAGUAUCUCAGUCUUGUAUCACCUGUUAUGUGGCAUUUUGGACAUGAAUUUGUUAAUUUAUUCUAUUUAUUUGGCUCUACAUCACUUUUACUUACAGCAAAUGUCAAUCGAUCCAUUAACUGAGGUGCAGUGUGUGUAGUCAAUUAAUAAAGAGAUAUUGUAUAAAAUGA